AUGAAGCUACCAGUGCUGCCUCUUCUGACGAUAACGGUGUGUCCUUUUACCCUUUCCUUGGUAAUCCGCAACAAAUGUCGGCAAAGAGGACCAAUCGAUGUUUGGAAGUCGCCUCCGCCAAAUUCUCCUCUCGAUCCAUCCCCAUGGCGUAAGGUCCUUCCGGUAUCGUUCCGAAUCAUUCCAAACACGUCAACGGCUCGGUUAGCAUCGACCUCAUCCGACCCUGUAUCCACGAAUGCAUCUCGGGUGGUGUUUCAAAAAGUAGUACGGCCGUGCCGUGGAAUGCCGGAUCACGUGUUUUUGGGUUACCUCGUGGAGUAUUUGCAGGAUACGUACGAGUUACCUGACGGUCUACCAAUGGUCUAUCGAGAGGAGUCCAAUACGAUUACAGAAGCACUGAAUGGCGACGAGCGUACCGACGACAAUCGACUCCUAAUCUGGGACUCAUCGUUAUCGCCAGACGCCUUGGCUACCUCCAUGAGUGUGGAAGUCGUGGGAAUCUUCACCGAUGAAACCGAUUCACCGUCGUUGUCGCGGUCCAUUCCGAAUAUGGCCAUGGUAGUGGUCAAGAAAGCACUGACGUCGGAUCGAGCCAUGAAGGCGUUGCCGCCAAUGCUACAAAAUUUAUUCGCCGACUCGGAAAAGCGCAUUUUGAAAUCCUUGGAGCGUGGCCUCGACGAUUUCAUGUCCGGCAAAAUUCAAUCCGACGGUAAGCGGCAACAAAUCGGACAGACAAAGCAGUCAAGAAAUGACGCCCGCUCCAGCAUGCUGACCGAGCUAUUGGAAGCGGAGGAGCCGCUCUCUUCGAUGAAUCAGUCAUCCAAGCCAAAUACUUUUAUUGAAGCUGACAUUGAAUCGGCAAGCGCCACCACUUCCAACGUGCCAAUAUCGUUAGCAGAAAAGCGAAAAGCGGCUUUGGAAAGUAUGAAUCCGGUGGAGCUGAAAAAUAACACGAAGAGUGCAUCCAAACCGGCAGAAUCCGUAAAGGAAUUGGACUAUGCUGUACAAGCCGCUCGCAAGGCGGUGUCCAAGCGGAACAAUGAGGAUUUUGCUGUAGAGGCUGCGAGAAAAAUAGCGAAGGCAAGAAUUCAACCCGAAAAAGAUUUGGAUCAAAUAUCAGCAUUCACGUCUGGGCGAGAGAGCUCGAGGAUCCUCGAAAUGCCUGCUGGCGACGAAAAAGUUACUGAUCCGGAGUCGAUCGAUCUUAAAGCGAUUCGUCCACCAAGUUUGGAUCCACAAGCCACAGAGUUUCGCAAGCUUAUGAUGACGAUUUCGACGCCUCAAGAUUUUCAGAAACAGCAAAAGAUUGCAGAAAAGGCACCUGUUAAGCAAAAUAGUAGCAUAGAAGGGGAGGCCCAAGAAAUCAGUACACAUGUUACAGGCAAGCGAAGACUCAAUCUCACCACUCGCAACGAAACUAAACCAGAAAUGUCUCUUCCAAUCCUUGACCCAUUAACAAACGAAACGUUCAAGGAUGAAAUUUUCCAAACGGCAAAUAACGCCUUGACGGAAUUGGCAGAGGCUGGAGGCGAGAUGACGCCAGAAGAAUUGCUGGAGGACGUUCUGAAGUUUGGUGACGAGAAGGACAGAGAGCAGCGAGUUGGUGACGGUUUUGUCAGUGGUGCCUUUGAGAAAGCUAAAGAGCUGCUGCGUGAGCAGCGUGAUAGGCGCCAAAGACGGCUCAAAGAGGAAAUUGCGACACGGGUCACUGAUGAUUAUAAGCCCCUUGCUUCCGAUAUUCGAGAGCCUCGUGGGGUUCAAUUUCAGGAAUUCGACGACCAAGAGGAGCUGCGGCGGAUGUUCGCUGCAGGUGAACAAAUUGCAGACGGACGUAUUGUUAUGGCAUCGAGAGCGGACUCGGUAGAAUUUACCGAUGAAGGCACGACUCAAGAAGAUAUUGAUACGCUUAUAGCAUCCGAUCGUACAAUUUCGAGCCAUGCGCGUAUUCUGGAUGAGGAGCUUGCAGAGCUAGAGCUACGCAUAAAUGCAUCUCCUGGAGAAGAGUUUGACGGGCCUAGGAAAAACCCAUUUUUUGAUGUAUUGUCUGGACCUGAGGUGUAUAACCCCAAUGUUGAUCCAGAAACUGUGAACUGGCCUGGAGCAAAACCUGGAUCAAAACACGUGAGACUUCCCCAGGAGCUGGAUGAAGCUGUAAAGCAGGCUUCUUUCGCCGCUGACAUUUUGAUGAAAAUUCAAGACCAAUACACUGACUCACCACCUGAUGUCUCUCGCGAUAUAUCGUACAAUAUUGGCGGACGUGAACUAUCUCAAAAGCAAGUCGAUGAGCUUCGGAGACUAGUACUGGAAGCGAUCGAGAUCGGCAUAAUCGAAGAUCCACUUGCUCUGCUUGCCGAGCGGUCUCGUUUGCAGAUGGUCCUAGACGAGCUUUGGAAUCAACCUACGGAAAGACUGCGGGACGUCGCAUCCAAUUUCAAGGACCUCUUACUAUCCAAUAACUUUGUUCCAUUAAUCAAAGAGCGCCUAAACAAUAUGGCAAACCUCGACCUCGAUGCGCUGCGCCGGGACGACAAUUCCCUGGAGAAGGAUCAUUCCAAAGAACGUGAAAUCUUGGGUCAGUUAGUCGUUUACGCACAGCUCUUGUUGAAAGAGGCCAGGGCUGUCGGAGCGGAGUUGGAAGCGCAGCAGUUGGAGGUCAUCCGUUCAAUUUGCAAAGUAGCCAUGGAUCCUUCACAUCAAUCCGAAAAAGAAGCAUCUAUGGCAUUAACAGAUGCUGUUCGUGACAUGCGGCCUCUAUUGGACGACUCGUUUGUUGCAUAUCUGAAGUAUGCAGUCGCGGAGGAAGAGGCUCGCCUGGCCCGUUCAGGCAUGCUAGACGACCCAGAGCACAAUCAAUGGCUGUUUGUCUUGAAAAUAGUACAGCAGGGCGUGUAUUCAGAGAUUUCUAGAGGAAUCAAUCGAUACAUCGAACAUAUUUGGUAUGUUCUUCGCAUGGAAACUCCAUUAGAACGACGAAUGCUCCUGCAAAAGCUGAUCGAUGCACUGCCAACACUCGACGUUCGUCCUUUUGUGCAAGUUGUGGAUAAUAUUGUCGGCUCGUUAGGCGACAGCACCAGAGGGGAGUUCAAUGCCGUUUCCGAACUUGGGGAAAUGACUAACAAAUUGCUGCAGCUUCAUAGAGAUAUAAAGGAGCUGCUACCAGCUGAUCGCGUUGCUUUAAUGAGCAGGGAUGCGGACGAAUGGGCAGCGAAACAAAAGAGUAGGCUGCUGGAGCAACGUCGAGCGACGAAGCAACGGUUGACAGCCUCGAGACAAACGGAACAUCUCGACGGUGAAAUUGAAUCGCUCGGGCGAAGAGGCGAGAUGGAAAGGAUAGAAUAAAGUUUAUUUAAUAACAAAGGGCCAUGCCUUUCUUGCU